AUGCUUCACUCCGUAUCUAGCAACCCUAUCAAACUUCUCGGAGUAACCACCAAACGCGACGAAGCGAAGCCACAGCUGCCAUCGAAGCGCAAGAGGGAUGCCAUAUGUGGCCUGGGAACCUUCACCAAACCCUUCGAAAUCAAGCCGUACACCGGAUCUUCCUCCGAUAAGCCCGCCAGCUUCAAGCCUGUCCGCAUAAUCGGACGCUCACAGCUGCCUCUGACAUUCCUCGAUACGACGGCCGAUGAGAGUUUCGCCGCCAACUCGCUCUUCUCCGCCCACAUCGACGUGUUGGAGAGUGAAUAUGGAUCAGAAAAGGACGCCCCCAAGGUCCUCAUAGCACGUUACGACACGAAGAGGACCUUGUAUGCUAUAGAGCGUGUACAAACACGAGUAUACAGCAUAUGUCGACUUGCGAGUUGGCUGAAAGAGAAGGACGUGUCUGAGCUAUGGGAUCCUUCGGGUCUGCAGAGUUACCCCGUAUUACCUCGACCUGAGCAAAGCACACCCAACACUGGAGAGUGGUGGCAGCAUGCGGCAGCGGAGGCCCCGUCUGCAGAGCGGCCUGUAAAGAGAGCAAGGAUGACCAUGAUGCGUAAGACACAGGCUCCACAACCAGAGAAGGAGAAGAUCUCGCAACGGUUCGAUAGCCCGGCAGACCAUGAGCACAUUCUGUCGGACUCAAUCCCGGCCGAUGUUCCAGAAGUGCAGUUCGCAGCACCGUCCCCUCAGGAGCAACUCGAGUCAAUCGUACAACAGUACUUGGAUGCAAUCUAUAUGUCCAAGACUUCGCUGGCAUACUUCUCGAAGGGACCUAUCGCCCGGAUUCGUACCGCUUUCACAUCACCCGACGAGGGUGCGCCUCCUACGCACGAACUGGUGACCUUUUUGAGGUCGAUGCUUCUGACUCCAAAGGCGAGUGAAAAGAAAUACUAUGAGAAAUUGCCUGCAGUCAUCAGAGCACUCCCGCCUGGAAGCUUCUCAGACGAUGAGCCUACCGUGGCGGCUAGCAAGCCCAAGAAGACCAAGAAGAAGCUGAAGCUCAGUCGAGAAGGCGUAUACCCACAUGAGGAGGCUAUGAUUAAGAAGUGGUGGCACUCAAACAUGCCUACCGGCGAAGAGACGAUUGAUCAGCGUAUCAAGAGACGAAUAGGCGAAUUGCGAGUUCGCGAGACAUUGGCGCAGUUGACACUCAUGCUCGAAGUCAUUGCGCUCGAAGCUCUCUCAACGUACAAACCGCCACCCGAGGACGACCUUCCUGUGGACGAAACCCAAGCCCUGGAAGACUCUCAGGCGAAACCGAAGAAGCGUAAAAGGAAGCUUGACGAUAUAGGCCUGCAGCUGGACUUGUUGCUCGACAGGCUGUGCAUCUGGCACGCCACGGAAGAAGCAGGCAUCCUCGACUUCGACGCGAAAAUCACCCAGCAAUAUGAUGAUGCGGAAGGACUCGGUAGAGGCGGUGCAAGUGACCGCCUACGCGAUUUCUGCAUCGAAGUUAUCAUUCCCUUCUACAUGAAUCGCCUUCCCGAGCAGGCGCUUAUGAUCAAUAAGAAGUUGGGUGGGCCAGCGCACACCUCUCCACCAAAGCGAAAGGCAAUGAAGCCUCCGACCACAUCACGUGCGUCUGGGGAACCGAAAGAGCCGGACUUGAAGAAGUCUAGGCGGUCAUUAGCCAGAGUAGCGACAGAAACCAUGCGCAGGUCAACGUCUCGCGCCACGCCAUCCUUGAGUCGAUCCGCCACUGAUUCUGCUCUCAUCAAGGGCGUUAAGCGCGAAGGAAGGCGUGAGCUCGAUCUCACAACACCUUCGGCAGCCGUCACCGCGAAGUUGAAACAGAAACAGCGCGUAGAAGAGGAGCUGAAGGACGCUAUAACAGCUCUGAAGAAGCCCAACCGGGGGCUAGCUGCCGGCGGCUACGUAGAAGAAGUCGAGCGCCGCAGCCUCGGUCCAUUCAGCAGAUCUAGAAAGCAGUUGAAUCCUGUUCGAAAGGUGGUGAAGGAAGUCCAGGUGUCUGCGACUCCAAGAAUCGGCCGCAGAACAAAAGACAUGGUGGGCCAGACACCAGGUUAUCACCAUCGCAUCAGCAACCCAUUUGCUCGAACCUCCACAUCUGCGGCGCCUCCAUCAAGCGACUUCUUUAACCCGUCGUCCGGUUCUCGCCAGCAACCCAUGGUUCCCGGAACGGUGCACCGUAGCGCCACGGCCCGAAACCUAGCGCUCCACAAUGUAGCCGAGACACCGUCAAAGGCGCCGACCAUGAAGGUCUUCGAGUCAGGGGCAGCUCGGAGAACGAUCUUCGCAACACCUUCCAAGUCACACGUGGCUCCAGCAAACAGAUCGGCAGAGCAUGUUUUUGAAUCACCAGUCAAGGCAGUCGGAAGCUCGCCUCCUACUUCCGCUAAUUUUCGGCACACGACGGUCGCUGCAACACCCAUUAAGUCUUUUAGCACACCUGUCAGUGAGGCCCAACCAGCCGUAACUUUGAAGCCGGUCCAGGACGAAGAGCGCUCUAUAUAUGCCUCGUUGGGCUGGGACGACGACGAGGACUUUGUAUAG